UCCAUUUUUGAUGCUUUUGUGAAGGAGAAUGGGACAUGUGGUGGUUGAGUGAUGAUAUGAUGUUCUGAUCCUUAUGACGGCUUAAAAGAAAGCCUUGUGGUAUGGAGGAGUUUGAAGAUGAAGAAGCCAAAAGAGAGAGUCGAAUACUUAGUUCUUCCAAUUCACGUGGUUCGUGUUAUUGCGGAGGAACGGACAGUGAUUCGAAAGAAACACGUCAGCAAGGGUCCAAAACUUUGUCUUCCGAAACUUUAAAAAACUUAUGUAGAGCGCUGAAUGACCCUAGCGUUUCAGUUGAAGUGAAGAAAAGAAUUGGUGUGCUAUUGCGGCAACUUCAACAAAGGUAUUUGGAAAGAAAUCACAACUCAGUAGACGAACAGAUGAUAUCUUCGAGUUACGUAAAAGAGAGUUUUCAGGCAGCAGUGGCAAGUGGCGUUGUGUCACAUUUUGAGUCGGAAAGACAAAGGAGUAUAAUAAACACUUCUCAGCCUCCAAAAAUAAUGAAGGCUGAAGCGGAGUCACUGGAAACGUUUCCAAGAAUUCAAAGUAAAGAAUUGGGACCAGCCCCUUUAACAAGGCCAGAUGUUUCGAAAAGAGUCCGUACUGAGACUACAAAGUCACCAGAAGAGAUCAAACCUUUCCCAAAAACGUAUUCAGCUCAUCUAAAUAGUUUUGGUGGAAACGAUACUACAGAUUCCUCGAUUCGUAGAGUCACCGAGACGAAGAGUAACAGCUUCACGAAUACAACUUUUGUUGACACACGAACAGAGAAUCAAGUAUUUGAGAAGAAUCUUUUAUCAAUGCAAGAUACAGACUUUAGAUUUCUAUCGGGAACAGAAUGUGUUCCUUUGAAUGAGAACUCAGCGGGAAGAGAGUCUAAUUAUAUUGCACCAACAUAUCAGAGUUUUAAGGAAAUUCAAACAGGCUCUCUUCGCGGAAGGACAAGUGCAGAAGAAUUGUCGAGUCAACAGCACGUUUCUUCAAUUUAUUCAGAUAAGAGUGGCAAAUGGCCGCACAAACGAGAAGGACUUUUUAUGAAGCAAGAAAAUAUCAAUAAUAACGUGAAGAUUUUACCAGGUCAUGAAAAUAAUAAGAAUUUGAACGUUGCUUGCAACAAUCACUUGGUUACCAAUUCUGGAAAGGGCUUUGGUAGUUCUUCAUCUAUUAGGCAAGAUUACGCUCCUUAUCAGAGUUCUUCAUCUUCGCAGGAUAAAAAGCGUCUUCGUUUGCUUUCAGCACCACAGAAGGAUCUGCAGGCUGUUCUUCAUCCCAAUUAUCGCACGCCUUUUGUAUCGUUAGAAGAUGCUUGUCAAAGGUUAAUGCCAUAUCAUUUAUGGUAUAUUGUUGAAGAUGGACUUGAGAAGGAACGGAAGCAAGAAUGGGAGGCAUCCUACGAUAAAGUUUACAAGAAAUUGAAGCAAAAUUUGAGCCAUCAAGAAGAUCGAUAUAACGACAUUAGUAAGCUUGUAGAUUCGGAGCAAAAGGUGGACGUUAAACGAACAACACCGCAAGUGAUCGAAACUUCAGUGCUUGAUGAUAUUUUAGCAUCGAAUUUUUUGCUUAAAGAAACCUGAAAGACAACGGAGCAAUACGUUUUCACAUUAC